CUCGCCUUAAAACAUCUAAGCGAUGUUCCUUUCAACACACCUGGCCAGCCAGAGCUCCACGCUUCAUUGAGCUCAAUCCGGAGAUCUGUCAGCUUGUGACGUCAUCCCAAUCAGUCGCGCGGGGCGGACAUCAGCUGAUGAUCGCCGCUAAGCAGAGCAAACGUAAUCUUGUAAAUUUCUCGAAGUUAAAUAAUGACGUAGUCAGUGAAAGAAAUAAAACAUUUCAAAUUCUCUUAGAGUGUUUUGUUCUUCAAAGUCUACAAAAGUAAAUAGAUGUAGGCCUUUGCAUUGGAUACGUACUUCAAAUAACACGUUUAAAACUAAAAUAGUUGAGUCCUUGUGUCCACACUAACAAGCAGAGCAUGGCGACGUUCAAACCCUACGUCAUAGCACAAAGAACAAAAGUGGUGUCUGUUUCUGUGGUCAUCUUGGCCAUCGCUUGCAUUUGUCAGAUUGUUGCCAUAGCGACCCCAGGCUGGUUGACAACUCCAAAUGUCAUUGUUGGAUUAUUCAUUUACUGUGGUUCCUUCUCUGCCCAGUCUAGUACCAAAUCACUUCAUGACUGUGCAAGCAUACCAGUUAGAGAGAGUUCAGAUUCCCUUCAAGCUGUCAGAGUUAUGUCAGUACUGACGGCGGCAAUGCUUGUGGUGGCCUUCGUGACGUGUUGCCUCCAUACCUGGCAUGUAGUCAGGACAGAGAACAUAAAGCAUCACGUGGUCGUCGUCUGCGUUGUAUUCUCUUUACUUGCCGUUGUGACUACUCUAGUAGCAAGCAUCGUGUUUGGAGUGGAAUGUAAAAGAAAAAUGCCUUCUGACGGUGCAUUCAAAUCAUACGAACUCUACUAUUCAUUUGCAUUGUACGUCGCUGGCGGCAUUUUCACAAUCCUCGGUGCCGGUCUUGUAGUAGCCAGUAUCAAGAGUUUGACAAGAGUUUUGUUGGUGUAAUAAAAACGCCAAAUUGUACAUUAUAAUGAAGAUUUUCACAAUAAAACUAACAAUGUCAAGGACACUCAGUUUAAUUAUGCUGUUAUCAACUCAAUUUUAAAAAACUCGAGUUAUAGUUUUAACAAUACCCGAAUGCUUUGGCGUUUGAUCUUUGUUUCAACUGUACUAUAUAAGUAAUUGUUUGUAUCUCAUUUGUUUUUAAACAAUGAUAAAGGCAUAGAGUCAAAGUCUAAUGCCGCCUUCCAUAUAUAUAAAUUAUAU